AAAUGUUUAAUAAUUUAGAUUUAUUCAAUGUUUUGUUUUCACAAUAAUUUAAAAUAAGGGUCUAGAGUUUAAAAAAAAAAUUGAGAACUGAAACAAACUAUAGAUAUUCAAAAUGAAUGUUAUACAAGCCGUUAAGAUGUAUAUAACUAAAAUGACAGAGGAGAGUGGUCCUGGAAUGAAAGUUAUUCUUAUGGAUAAAGAAACUACUAGUAUAGUAAGCAUGGUCUUCAGCCAGUCUGAAAUCCUCCAGAAGGAAGUGUAUCUUUUUGAGAGGAUAGACAGCAUGGCAAAGUGGGACAACUUGAAACACAUGAAGUGUAUAGUAUUCCUUAGACCCACUUCUGAAAAUCUUGCUCUAUUGUGUAGAGAACUAAGGUGUCCUAAGUAUGGGGUUUACUAUAUUUAUUUUAGCAAUGUGAUAUCUAAAUCUGAUGUGAAGACUCUGGCAGAGUGUGAUCAGCAGGAGUCAGUAAGGGAGGUCCAAGAGGUGUUUGCUGACUACUUAGCUGUUGAUAGACAUCUUUUCUCUUUCAACAUUGUUGGAUGCUUACAUGGUAAGUCAUGGAAUCAACAACAUCUCCAGCGGUGUUCUCAAGGCCUGCUUGCUUUAUUCUUGUCGUUAAAAAAACGACCUGUUAUUCGAUAUGCAUCUGGUUCAACUGCAUGCUCUCGCCUUGCGGAAAGAAUUAAGGAGUUAGUAAGAAGAGAGUCAGCUCUGAUGGACAAUAAUAUACCAUACAGUGACGUAUCUCCACAGUUGCUAAUAUUAGACAGACGCGAUGAUCCAGUUACUCCACUAUUACAUCAGUGGACAUACCAAGCAAUGGUCCAUGAAUUGUUGACUAUUAACAAUAAUCGUGUGAGUCUAGCACAUGUUGCUGAUGUUCACAAGGACUUGAAAGAGGUAGUGCUAGCUGCGGAACAAGAUGAGUUUUAUGCUAAGAAUCUAUAUUCCAAUUUUGGUGAGAUUGGACAAACAAUCAAAUCUCUUAUGGAGGAGUUUCAGAGGAAAGCAAAAAGCCAUCAAAAGGUCGAAAGUAUAGCAGAUAUGAAGAAUUUUGUUGAGACAUACCCGCUUUUUAAGAAAAUGUCAGGUACGGUGUCAAAACAUGUGACUGUUGUUGGAGAGCUGUCAAGUACAGUGGGGCGACAUGAGUUGCUGCAAGUCUCCGAACUGGAGCAGGAGCUUGCCUGUCAGACUGACCAUGCAAAGCAUUUGCAGCGUUUGAAAGGCCUCUUCAAUAACGAAAAAGUCCGAACAGAGGACCUCGUUAAACUGGUAGCACUAUACGCCCUUCGGUACGAGAAACAUGCCAGUAACGCCCUCUCAUCCCUGGUGGAUUCGUUGAAAUCUCGCGGCGAUGAAGUUGCGCGUGCGCCGGUCCUUGUAUUGGAGUAUGGCGGGGCUCAUUCAAGACAAAGUGAUUUAUUUGGAUUGCAAGACGCAGCUAAGAUUACAAAGAGAUUGUUCAAAGGCCUCAGUGGCGUAGAAAACAUAUACACCCAACACAGUCCCCUACUAAAAGACACCUUGGAAGAUCUUCUAAAGGGAAAACUUCGCGAGAAUCUUUACCCCUCAGUAGGUGGAGAGGAUAUUACCAGAAGACCCCAAGAAGUAAUAGUUUUCAUUGUGGGAGGAGUAACAUAUGAAGAGGCAUUUUGUGUGCAUCAGUUAAAUCAGGCGAACCCAGGUGUCAGGAUUAUACUUGGCGGAACAACUAUACAUAAUUCCACCUCAUUUUUGGAGGAAAUAAAAUUCGCAAUGCAAGGUGUACAGAGGAUGCACACGCGGCAUAUAAGGAACGUCUAAUCUGUAGUCGAAGGAUUUUAAUUAAUACUUAAAAUCAUUUUCAUCAUAGUAUGUAUAUGUAAAUCCAUUCCUGUCAACUCCAAUUGUAACAUCUUGUAUAUCAGUAUAUAACAAUUGUUAUAUCAGUGUAUCUCAUUUGCCGAUGUACGAUUGAAUUUUACAUUAUUAGUUAAACACGAUUAAUAUGUCCUAGUGAUCUCCAUUUGCAGUAAAGAAAAAAAUGUAUCUAGUUUAUAAGUGUUUAAUGUAUCAUAAUAUGUUGGCUUGUUGAAGUUUUUAUUUAGAAUGAUAGAGGAAAUUUUGUAAAGGAUGUGAAACGAAAUUGCACUAAGCGAACUCCUUUCUGAACUGUGAAACAUGUAUUAUUGUAUGUAAUAACAAAAAAUGAGGCAUGAUUUUGAAUAGAAAUUGUAAAAAACUAACCAAAUGUAUGGAAACUCCGAAAUAGUAAACAACCUAUUUAAGAUAAACUAUAUCUUGAAUUUGUAUAGUUUACUUAGUGCAUACAGUAAUUACAAUCAAUUAUUUUAAUAAUUAUUAAUAAGUGAGUAUAAAUUUUUACAAUGUUACAUAUAAAUUUACUGUAUCUGUUAUUAUUUUAGUCCCUAAGUCCCUAAGACUAGAAUGUUUUUGUCAUCUCUAUAUGUAUAGACAAACAUACUUUUUAAAUUUGUAUAUAAUUUGGUUUAUGUGAUAAAUUAAUGCUAUACUAGUAUUAUUAAGUUCAUAACCUUAAAACAACCAAAAGAUAUAUUCAAAUAUUUAUUAAACCUAUUCAAUAUUCA